GGACCCCGCGGGAGCCUGGCCUGGGAGCCAGGAUGGCCACCCACAGAGCCUUGCUGACCUGCCUGGGACUGCUGCUCUUCCCGUUCCCGGGGGCGCAGGCCCAGAACCGGGCCCCGCCCGGCUGCAGCCCCGACCUCAACCCCCUCUACUAUAACCUGUGUGACCGCUCCGGGGCCUGGGGCAUCGUCUUGGAGGCCGUGGCCGGGGCGGGCGUGGUCACCACCUUUGUCCUCACCAUCGUCCUUGUGGCCAGCCUGCCCUUCGUGCAGGACACCAAGAAGCGCAGCCUGCUGGGGACCCAGGUGUUCUUCCUGCUGGGGACGCUCGGCCUCUUCUGCCUCGUGUUCGCCUGCGUGGUGAAGCCCGACUUCUCCACCUGCGCCUCCCGGCGCUUCCUCUUCGGCGUCCUGUUCGCCAUCUGCUUCUCCUGCCUGGUGGCCCACGUCUUCGCCCUCAACUUCCUGGCCCGAAAGAACCAGGGGCCGCGGGGCUGGGUGCUGUUCGCCGUGGCCCUGCUGCUGACCCUGGUGGAGGUGAUCAUCAACACCGAGUGGCUGAUCAUUACGCUGGUCCGGGCCGUGGGCCAGGACGGCGCCCUGGGCAACGUCUACGUCAUGCUGCUGCUGCUGGGCGCCUUCGCGGGGGCCUGGCCCGCCCUGUGCGGCCGCUUCAAGCGCUGGCGGAAGCACGGGUUCUUCGUGCUGCUCACCACGGCCGCCUCCAUCGCCAUCUGGGUGGUGUGGAUCAUCAUGUACACCUACGGCAACCGGCAGCGCAACAGGCCCACCUGGGACGACCCCACGCUGGCCAUCGCCCUGGCCGCCAACGCCUGGGCCUUUCUCCUCUUCUACGUCAUCCCGGAGGUGUCCCAGGUGACCAAGGCCAGCCCGGAGCAGAGCUACCAGGGGGACCUGUACCCCACCCGGGGCGUGGGCUACGAGACCAUCCUGAAAGAGCAGAAGGGCCAGAGCAUGUUUGUGGAGAACAAGGCGUUUUCCAUGGACGAGCCAGCCUCGGGCAAGAGACCAGUGUCACCGUACAGUGGGUACAACGGGCAGCUGCUGACCAGUGUGUACCAGCCCACCGAGAUGGCCCUGAUGCACAAAGGCCCGGCCGAGGGACCCUACGACGUCAUCCUCCCACGGGCCACCGCCAACAGCCAGGUGAUGGGCAGUGCCAACUCCACCCUGCGGGCUGAAGACAUGUACGCGGCGCAGAGCCACCAGGCAGCCACGGCCCCGAAAGACGACAAGAACUCUCAGGUCUUUAGAAACCCCUACGUGUGGGACUGAUUCGGCGUCAGGAGGCGGCGGGCCGAUGCGGGGAGGGCCCUGGGGACCUGGCCUGGGCCAUGGACAGCCUGGGGGCCCCGGGCCCUCCUGCUCCCCGUGCCCCUCGAUGGCUCAGGGCAGCUUGUGCCUCAGCCGUGAGCCCUGCCUGGUGGCCAGGGUUUCGUGGUGUCCCAGGUGCCCCUGCCCACUCCUCAGUGUUUGUGGAGUUGAGGAGCCACCGCCGGCUUCAUGCCAGGGUCCUCUCCAGGGGUCACGCUCCAGCCAAAUAGUGUUCUUGGGGGGUGGCCUUGCAGCACCUGCAUUCUCUGAGUCUUUGGAGAGAUUCCUGCAACCUCGAGAGAUUUCACAGGCUCUGCCCCGGGCCUUGCUCCUCCGUGAGGAACAAGGUGCCUAAUAAACACGUUCUUUCUGCUUUGUUAA